AAAACUAGAAAAAGAGAAUGAUGGAGCCAAGUUGAUAGAGGGUGGAGAAUGCAGUGGACAGAGGACACCAUAAAUCAUGAGCUUGAUUAGUCUUGUAUCUCCUCUUGCAUCUUGCACAAACACCAUUCCUAAACUGAAAACUCACAUUCCAAUUCCAAACCUUGGAGUUGGACAAAGGGUCCUACCUAAUCUCUUUUCUUUGGCCCUUGCUUUGACCUUAACCUCUCCUUUACCUUCUCAUGCAAUCCCUUCCCUCAAUUCUCAAUCCCCUCCACUCUCCCUAACCACUCCUUUUUCUCAAUCCAAGAGCUUGGAGGUUGGACUAGAAAAUGGAAAAAUUAGACCUUGUCCAUCAAUCAAUCCAGGUUGUAUAUCAACAAAUCCCAAAUCAUCAUCUUUUGCGUUUCCUUGGCGGAUUCCAGCGAAUUCCUCGGAUGAUGCUAUUCAGAAACUACGUGAAGCAAUCCUGAAGACCCAGAAAAAUGUGAAAUUCCAGCUUGUGGAAGAUACUCCAGAUGGUCAAUAUCUACAAGCUGAAAUUGAUGGAGGAUUUGGUAGAGAUGUUCUUGAGUUUCUGGUGAAAGGGGAUGUGGUUGCUUACAGGUGUGUGGCAACCAAAGUAACUUACGUGUACCCUUUCACUACUGCAUUAGGAGAUUCAAAGGGUCAAGAAGCAAGACUCAAGCAAAUUAAUUACCAGUUGGGAUGGUAUGCUCCAAGUUUUGAUUCCAUGGAAUAGUGUUGUUUUGUGACUUUGUUGCCUUAGUCAAUUGAUCGGUGUCUAGCUAAGUGCUUUUGUUGUGAUAUUUUGCCUAAUUUUGUGCAAAUUCGUGGCCUUUGCACCUAAUUAUAAGAAUGCUCUAUAGUCUCAGACUCACCUUGGCAGAAACAUUUCUUUAACAAUUAUUCUAUUGUUUAGCUACUAAGACCAUUUGUGCUAGCUUUGCUGCAUUUCGCUUAUAGCCUAAUCAUAUGGUAAUUACCUCUAAAUCACCAAAUGUACUUGAGAUAAAAAGGUCCCUAGGAGGAAAAUUGAAAAACAUAGUUGUCAUUACAGAUGUUCGUGGACUAGGUAAGGUAAAUCUAAUCAACCCAACCAACUCAACUCAAAUUAACAUUAUUAGACCCAAUCAUUUUUUAGUCAAGUUAUUAGGUUUGUCUUUUUGCAAGUUGAUGAACUCACACAUAU